AUGACGAAGGCUUCAAAGGUCCCAAUGUGGAUCACCCAAGAUGAAACUCUGUCCGACCUGUCAACGGUGCACGAAGAUACCAAGGUUUCAAAUCUUCGUUUCGUCUAUGUGGACUUUACUGACGAGGUCCUCGAACGAUUACAAGAUCUCUCCUCUCGCGAGUUUGAGACGAUAUGUCUGUUUUCGUGUAGGGGUAAGAUGGAUGCGGCAAUAUCAUUCUUUCUUGGACAGAUGAGAAUAAGAGAGUUUGUCGUCAACACGUUCAUUCCCGAUUCCUUCGACGAUUCAGCUGCCAUGGCAUUGGGGAAGGGAUUAGAAGUCACAACCACUCUCAAACGACUACACCUACACGGCUGUCUCGCUUCAAGGCAAUUUCCUGAUGCUUUAAGACAUGGUCUUGAGAACUGCCCAUCACUGGAACAUCUGGAAUUCAAUUUGGCACAAAAAAUUGACCGAUCCGGGAAUAGGGUUGGUAGAGUACUGGCAGAAGUGUUGCCCAAAAUACCGAAUCUAAACAAGUUGGUUUUGCGAAAGAACCAGCUGGAUAGCCGACAGCUAUUAAUGCUGUUGAAAGGUCUGGUGACGCAUACACUGAUUAAGGAGUUGGAAAUGGCAAUCCCUUGCCUGGAUAAGAAAAUGGUCGUCAGAUUGCGACAGUUAGCAGAGAGCCCCCAAAACAACAUUGAAAGAUUGAAUCUAUUGAUUGACGACCAUCAUUUUAAUCUUCACAAGUUGUCAUCUGAGGGAAGCUGUUCGUAUUGCAUCACGCCAAAAAUGGCCGAUCCACAGGACAUGGAUUAUUUGGGAAGAGUUGCCGUCGCGAAUACAAAGAUCACGGGAAUGGAUCUUUCGUUUCUGGCCUCUAAAGAAGACGACCUUAUCCUGUCAAUAGCUCCAUGGAUCGCGAGAAUGAGGGGACUGAAGUAUCUCAAUAUUGAAGGCUUUAGACUACAACCAGAAGGGGGGGGAGAAGAAUUUGUCAUGGCAAUGAUUUCGAACACAUCAAUAGAACAAGUGAUUCUUUCUAGCGGUUGCGUGUAUGCGAGCUGGAUUACUCACUUUGCGGAUUUGAACAAGGGCGGAAGAAGACUUUUGGAAGCAGAUGAUGUAGAGUCGCUUUGGCCUCUUGUGUUGAGCAAAGCUUGCAAAGCAACCUACACGGGCGGAAAAGAAUCAAUUCCACAAGAGAACCGGCGAGCCAAUGUUGUCUACGACCUACUCCGUAGCCAAGCUGGCCUAUUGGGAGCAAACAUGUAA